UCGAAAAAAAAAUAAAUAAAUAAAGAAUAUAUUUAAAAGCCCCGAUGAAGUGUGCAAAGGGAUCGGAGGCACAAGGGGAACAUAAAGCCUGGGAACACGCAAGGAAAGAGGAGUUUUACGCAUAGACCGGUGAUCUUUAAAAGAAAAAAAAAGAAUCUUUUCAUUUCGCCUCGUUCAACUCACGGUUUCCAGCAGACCGUUUUUCUGCUGUCACGCGCUUCAGAAGACAAACCCUGCGAUGACAGAGAGGAGCCGUUUGUCACUGUCAGGUGGUGGACACUGGAAAACCGGCUAAUUUGUUAAAAAAUUAAGUGGACUUUCCACAGAUUUUAGCUAGCUGUGCUGUUAAAUAAAGAAAAAUAAAGAAAGACUCAACAGACGCGCACGUUGGUACCACCACGGACGAACCGACCACGGGCUCAGAGAGGCAAGUGGCGAGACCUCAGAUAACCUUCACCAAAGUUUUUAUCUAACCUCACAAGUGGUGUUAUUAGAAUCGACAGAAACCUGUCAGACUGCGUGUCCAGUUACAUCACGAACACUGACUGUAUGGAGUAGUUCGCUUCAUGGUAUUUAAGGUUAGUGUUCAGUGUUACCUCAGCAGGUCACUUUGUUUUCGCGCGCAAAUGAGCGUCAAAGUUAUAUUUGUCUUUCCUGUGCCUUUGGAGAAAUCGUGCUAACACCACAACAGGCUUCUACAAGACUUUUUUUCUCUCAAGAUGAAUGAAGAAGGUGCACAGUGAUGUCCCGGUAACAGGAACAGCUCUGUUUUAACUUUAGGCACUCCAAAACAUACGGACGAAAGCAAAGUAUAUGUUGAAAACUCUAGGCUGUUUUGGCUGGUCAAUGAGGCGACUAGUUGAAAAGUACAGUAAUCGACUGCAUAUAGGCUAAUCGAGUCGUAUAGGCUACAUCACUUUCAUGCACUGGUAAUUCCUGUUCCUGUAGUUGUUUUUUGUGUGACUUGGAUGGAGUUGAGAAAGAAAAAGAAAUAUACAGACAAUAAUACGGAGUUAAUUUUUUUCUUAACCCGCAUUUUACGAAUAAUAAAGAUGAACAAUACCGUUUUCUCAUCACGGUGAUGUUAGCGUAACAACGGCCAAUAAUAGCGGGGCCACCAGGCUGUAUUUACGCCCUAAUGUACCUACUUGGUGACAGUAGGUCUUGUGGGAAGUUUUGACUGGAGUUAUAUCGGUGUCACGCGUUGUUAUUGCUGCUUUUCAUUCCUUUUGCUGCUACUAAUUGUCGUUUAGUCUUUGGAAACGACAAAAGAAAUAAAAACGUGAGCCAAUUCUCAAACUGAUCAUAUCGAUCGAUUAGUACACGUUGUGUGAGGUUCAUAGAUGUGAGGAUGUUUUUCAGACUACUGGCUGUUGUUCUCAUAAUAUUCCACACGUGGCUGCUAAACUCGGCUAAGUCCGACCAUAUUCAGCGGUAUAAGCGGAGUCUGUCUCAGCGGGCGGACAGGUCUCAGGCCGCUUUAGGGCAGGAGCAGUGCGGCUCCGUGAGCCGAAGACGACCGUACAGAUCCGCGGUCCGACACCACCAACUAGCGGCCGUAACAGGUCGGUACAGCCGGCUGCCGGACCUUCAUCACAGGAUUGCGAGGUCCUCCUGCUCAGGGGGGUGCAGUUUGGAUGGAAGUGAUGCCUUUGGACUGCGCGAUGGGCCUCCGUGGGAGAGCAGCGGUCAAAAAAGUCAGGACAAAUCAGAACGUGAGCCUGACAAAUGGAAUGGUGAAAGGAGGCCACGUUUGAGAACAGACAAAAUGCUGGACUCUUUUGAACCUGGAUCCGCCUCUGCUGAGGCAAGAGCCGUGGCUUGGGAUGGCAAUAUGUCAAACAGAAGAGUCCGCAGGUCGUCCCAAUUGAAGGAAAAGCAGGAUGGUCGGAUGGACCGCUUCUCUUCAGUGAGAAGGGUUCCUCGCAGUCCACCAGAAAUCCGCAGUAAAAGAAAGGAGCAUCCAGGUGACGUGGCAUUUGAGCAGGACAUCCGCACUUCUGAGGGGAGUGAGGACUACUCGGGGGAGCAGGAGGGCCAGGUCAGCCCAGGUGCAGAGCCGUGGGGGGCAGAGGUCCGAGAUGUCCCUCCAAAGUGGAUGACGGCCCUGUACUUCAGAGGUCAGAGAGAGCAGCUUAAGGUGAACCCCACAGCUGACGUGGAACUCCCACGCUCUAGGUUCACCUUGGAACUGUGGAUCAAGCCAGAGGGAGGUCAGAACAAUCCGGCCGUUAUAGCAGGUGUGUUUGACAACUGCUCCCAUGCACACAGUGAAAGAGGGUGGUCUGUCGGAGUCCGGACGGUUGAGCCCACAAGGAGAAAGGAUGGCAGGUUUUUCUUUGCCCUCCGCACGGACCGUGCACUCAAAUCCACAACUCUCACAGGGCACCAGUUCUACCAGCCCAGCAUCUGGACUCAUUUGGUAGCUAGAUAUGAUGGCCACCGGAUGGCACUGUUCAUAGAUGGCUCAAAGAUUGCAGAGAGUAGACAGCAGUCAGGUGACUUAUAUAGCCCCUUUAUCAAGGAUUGUCGUGUGCUUUUGCUCGGAGGGGAUCAGUCGAAUACAGGCCAUGGUUUUCGGGGUUACAUAGGAGGUGUUAUUCUGUGGAAUCAUGCGCGAGCUCGGGAGGAGCUGUUUAAAAGCUUCUUUAAACACUCUGAACACCAGCGCCCCCUCUUGGCCUUAUGGGCUGACUUUUCUGAUGUGAAGCAGCAAUGGAUACCAUACAAAGACCACCAUCAUCCAACCAUUGUGGCCUUUCCUGCCCCUGAGCAAGAGUUGGUGUCCCCUUUCCUGCCUCCACCUUGUGGGGUGACCACUUGCGACAAUCCAGAUGUUGUCCUCAGCUACAACCAGCACUGGCAGCUGCGGGCUCGCAAACGACUGCGCUACCGCGUGGUGAACAUUUGUGCUGAUGACGGCAGCCAUCCCACCGUUUCACAGCAGCAGAUCCAGCAGCAGCACAAGGCCUUGGAAGAAGCUUUCCAGCCAUACAACCUGACACUGGAGCUCAGUGUGCUCACAGUACACAACUCCUCACUGCAGCGCCGCUUCAUCCUCAGCAACUGCCACAUUGCCAAAGUGGGCAAUCGCCACUGUGACCACGAGUGUGACCACCCGGUAACGGGCCAUGAUGGCGGCGACUGCCUGCGUCUAGGAACGUGCUACAACUGGAUGAGGGGCGAUGGUGUCUGUAAUCCUGAGUGCAAUGGUAUCCACUAUGACUAUGAUGAUGGAGACUGCUGCGAUCCACAGGUCACUGAUGUCACAAGGACCUGCUUUGACCCUGAGUCUCUUGAGAGGGCUUACCUGAGUGUGAAAGAACUCAAGGAGCUGCUUCACCUGAGCAGUUCAGACACACUCAACGUGUUCUUUGCCAACAACUCUGCUCGGGAGGAGCUUGCUGGGGCUGCCACAUGGCCCUGGGCCAAGGAGGCCCUUACACAUCAAGGUGGAAUGAUACUGAACCCAUCCUACUUCGGCACUGUUGGAUACAGCAACACCAUGAUCCAUGAAAUGGGUCAUAUUUUUGGACUGUACCAUGUCUUCAAGGGGGUGAGUGAGAGGGAAUCAUGUGAUGACCCAUGUCAGGAAACUACAGCGUCCAUGGAGACAGGAGAUUUCUGUGCUGACACAGCCCCAACCCCAAAGUCUAAAGCCUGCAGAGACCCUGACCCAGUCAAUGACACCUGUGGCUUGACCUACUAUCAUGAUACACCCUACAAAAACUAUAUGAGCUACACAGAUGACAACUGCACCAACCACUUCACAUCACAUCAAGUAGCUCGGAUGCACUGCUACAUCGACCUGGUGUACAAAAAUUGGGUUCAAGACAGAAAGCCCACCCCUGUUCCACUUGCACCUAUGGUGAUUGGCCAAGAUGCCGACUCUGUCUCAAUUCAUUGGCUGCAUCCAAUCAGUGGGCCUCUUAUGCAAAGGGAGGAGGGUGUGAAUUGCCAGUUGUGUGAUGAACACGGAGUGCUUCAUCAGUAUGCCUUUGAGGCCACUUCCCCUCACACCUGCGACACUAGUGGGUACUGGACUCCAGAAGAAGCCGUGGGUGCCCCUGAUGUGUACCAGCCUUGUGAGCCUAGCAUGCGUUCUUGGAGCCCAGAGUUCAGUCUCUAUGAGGCCAAUAUGACCUCUCCGUGUCCCCAGACUGAAGGUUGUGUUCUCCAGCUCUAUUUCCAGCACCCUGUGGUUCCAGACACUCUAACUGUGUGGAUCACCUACAUCUCUACCAACAGCCAGGCUAUAUCCAAUCUGGAGUUCAUCCUGGAGACAGGCGAGUCUGUUCAUGCCGGCCCUCAGCAGGCCUUCUGCGAUGUGCCUCUGACUCUGCGUGUCAACAUCAACAAGAAAGUGAAAGCCAUUAAAAUUUGCACCUUUGACAAGAAGCUGGAGAUUGAUGCUGCGUUGCUCACUUCACGGCCCCAGAACCCCGUCUGCUUCAGCUGCCGGAUGCUCCUGUACCGUGUGCUUCGAGAGCCGCCCAUCAGAGAGGACUGGGGCCCAGUCAUACUCAAACAAACCACAUACACUGACAGUGAUGUACAGAGUGGAGUAAAUUACACGUACAAGAUCCAGGUGGAGGCAGAUGGUUUGUUAAGUGAGCUCUCUCCUGCCCUGAUCUACACCCAUGGACAGCAUUACUGUGGAGACAGCCGGCUACAGGGGAAUGAGGAGUGCGACGAUGGGAAUCUGUUAGACGGAGAUGGCUGCUCCAAAAAAUGCCGCAUGGAGCCAGGCUUCAACUGUGUGGGUCAGCCCAGCCAUUGCUACAUUUUCGAAGGUGACGGAGUGUGUGAAGAGUUCGAGAGAGGUUCUAGCAUUCAGGAUUGUGGCUUCUUCACUCCAGAGGGCUUUGUUGACCAGUGGGCUUCUGAUGCCUCUGCCUCCCACCAGGACCAACGGUGUCCUGCACUGGCUGCCACGGGGUUGCCUGAUCUCAGUCAGAUGUGCAGGUCUCAAUAUGUAGAGAUAAAUGAUGCUCUAACACGAGAUGCGUGGAUCCCCUGUACCGCUCAGUCCCAUCUCAACAACUACUAUGAACACAGUCAGUCUGUGUGGCUAAGGGUGGGAUUUGAGAGGCCUGGAGUAGCAGCCUCUGUCCUCAUCUAUCUGGCCUAUGAUGGAGGACUGCAUGGACAACACUGCAGGAGAACAGUAUCUGUACAACUGUGCGACACCGUUGGCAAAAACCACACACUCGGUACCUACGGGCUGUCGUGCCAGCGCAACCCACUGGUGGUAAAUGUGACUCACAACUUGAGCCUGCCAUUUUUCCAAACAGCCGCAGUGCUGCUGAACUUCUCUACAGCCCAUGUGGCGGUGCUGGGGGUCGCCCUGCGUACGUCCUGCCAUUUCAGCGCCUUCACCCUGACUGGGUGUGUGCACAGGCCCUGUAGCAUAGGCUUGUGCAGUGCUGUGAAUGUAGAUCACGCUUCGGUCAACUGCACUCCCAGCCCAGACCCCUUACGCUGCUCUGUCGCCUGUCACCAUGGAUACACACUCAGUGUGCUUAGUGGUCCAGGCCUUCGUCAUCAACAGAGAGAGACAGAUCUGAGCUGUGAAAAUGGUGUUUGGGACCGUGGGGUCACCUGUAAGCUGGUGGAUUGUGGCUUUCCCGAUGAGUCACACGUCUACUUUGCCUCCUUCUCCUGCCCCUGGGGCACCACCUUCGGCAAGCAGUGCACUUUCUCCUGCAACUCCCCCGCCAUCCUGCAGGGUGAGAGUGAUACGUUGGCCUGCCUUGAAGAUGGGCUGUGGUCCUUCCCUGAAGCAUAUUGUAAAAUCGAGUGCCUGGAUCCACCAGUCAUUCCCAAUGCAAAACUCUUGCCCUCCCAGUGUGAAGGCAGCAGGCAUGAUGUGGGCACUGUGUGCCGCUACAAAUGCAACCCUGGUUACUAUGUCACUUCCCUGAGCAAAAAACCAAGAAAGAGAUUUCUGAGGCUGGAGUGUUUAGAGGGAGGCAGGUGGCAACAGGGUGGUUGUUCCCCUGUCUCAUGCCCUGCUCUGCCUGCCAUGUUUGAGGGCAUGUACACGUGCACCAACCACCUGGACUUUGACAGUGUUUGUACUCUACACUGCCCGGAUGCUAGUGAGAGGUAUACAAUUCGAUGUACCAAAGAUGGCAGGUGGACUGAAGACUUCUCCAUGUGUGAGAAGAUUGAGGGAGCUUGCCAGGCCCCUCCAGAGCUCAACUUUGUAGAGUACACCUGUGAUGAUGGUUAUGGUGUAGGUGCGGUCUGCUACCCAACAUGCAUUGUGGCCUUGAGUGACCCUGUGGUGUUGGCCAGUAAUUCCACAGCUGAUACUCUCAAACACUGGGUCCUGCCCACUAAGGUUCAGAGCAUUGUGUGUACAGGCACAAUGAGUUGGCAUCCAAACCCGAAGCAAAUCUACUGCAUUCAGUCCUGUGAGCCAUUUGCUGGAGACGGAUGGUGUGACACCAUCAACAACAGAGCCUACUGCCAAUAUGAUGGAGGUGACUGCUGUCCAUCCACUCUUUCCACUAGAAAGGUCAUCCAGUUUGGUGUAGACUGCGAUCAUGAUGAAUGUACAUGUCGAGACCCUGAGGCAGAAGAGAACAAGGGGAAAGCUGAGCAGGUUGAACAAGCUGAGUCUGGAGCUGUGUGAGGUGAAGAACUCCAUCACUGCUUUCAGGAAAAAAACCUCAUAAGAAAAGUCUGCCCAAUCCAAAGCAGCAAGCAGCUCCAGCAACACAAAUACACACCUCUGUUCAAACAUUACUCUAUAAAAUCUUCACUAAUAUAUUUUGAGAAGCUUUAACAUUGGAGUAGUUGUAGAUCACAUAUUUUAACAUUUUAUCUAGAAAGCAUUUGUAAACGCCAUAGCAACCAAAAGCUCUCCAUGUUUAUUUCAUAUAUAGCAGAAUUUUAAAAAAGUUUUAUACUGAUUAAUGUACUGAUGGGUUGUUUAGUGCCACAUUUUCUGUUAAACAUGUCUUCAGCCGGCACAAUUCUGCAUCAGUGGUACUGAUUUACAGUAUAUGCAUGAAUGCUUUGAAUUAAAAAGCAAACUGAAUUGAAAGUAUAUGACCUACAGUUCUUCUAUGUCAUUCUACCUGUCAAA